GAUAGAUAGAUAGAUAGAUAGAUAGAUAGAUAGAUAGAUAGAUAGAUAGAUAGAUAGAUAUGAAUAGAAAGAGUGGGAGGGAGAGAAAGAGAGAUAGGUAAAAGGAUCAUAGAGUUGGAAGAGGCCCCAAAGGCCAUCCAAUCCAACUUCCUGAGAUAGCUCAAUGGAUGGAUAGACAGAUUUGAAUACAAAGAAGGGGAGGGAGAGAGAGAGAGAGAGAGGUGAAAGCAUCCUAGAGUUGGAAGAGGCCCCAAAAGAUCAUCCAAUCCAACCUCCUAAGGUAGAUCGAUAGAAGAAUAGAUAGAUCGAUAGAUAUGAAUACAAAGAAUGGGAGGGAGAGAAAGAGAAAUAGGAUCCUAGAGUUGGAAGAGGCCCCAAAAGACCAUCCAGUCCAACCUCCUAAGAUAGAUCGAUGGAUAGAAGGAUAGAUACAUAGAUAGAGACAGAUGAAUAAAAAGAGAGGGAGGGAGAGAAAGUGAGAUAGGUGAAAGGAUCCUAGUUUUGGAAGAGGGCCCAAAGGCCAGCCGGUCCAAACCGCUUUCUGCCACAUGAGAAAAUACAGUCCAAACCCUCCCAACAUCUGGCCUUCCAGCCUCAGCUUUGAAGACCCAGGAUCAUUCAUGAAUAAUUCCGAAGCUCUUUAAGACUUGAAAAAGACCCUUUUGUAUCUCCAAACGUGAUACUGUAUUAGAAGCCCUUCUGUAAGCAGGCAAAAACUUAAGAUUCAAAGGAAGACUCGACCCAGCUGGUGUGUUGCUGGUACAUCUCCAUCAUUCUUCCAGACACGUUCCAGGGCUUUGUUUCUUGGUAUUGGAGAGGGAAAUAAAUGUGGAAAGGGCCAAAAAUAACAUUUCAAUAUGCAAAACAAAGCAACAGACAACUCAGUACUUUAGUUUUUGGAGGAUCCAAGCAGCAUGCCUUUCUAUUUGCACUGCAUACAGCAUAUAAUAACAUUCCAGGUUUCGAACAAUAAAAGAUUUCAGGUUCCAUUGGAUUCGGUAUAAGUUGUAGUUUGUACUUGGUUGGGAAACAAACCACGCAUCCCAUGGGCUAUAUUUCCACACCUGGACUAACAAAGGCAUUGGUAUCAAAGGGACUUUUCUAACCCUUUUAAGAUGCUUGUGAUGAUAAUAUAUUGAAGUCUAGACUGUUGGUUGUUUUUUGCGUUUUUCCGCUUUGAUCCUUUGGAGGAGGGGGAAAUAGAAUUUUUAAAAAUUCCCUUUCAAGUCAAGGUUGAGUCUUGAAGCCUCCCGCCUUUUGAGAUAAACCCAGUGCCUGAAAAUAGAACAGAAAGGGUUCCUUGUGCAUUCGACAGGCCCUCCCUUUUCACUCUGAAUUCCUCCCAAAGAGGUGCAGUGUGUGUAUUGUCAAGGACACCUAUCGGAGGAGAAGGAAGCAGGACACUUCUCUGCCUGGUCUGCGGAUGUGUCAGGCUCUCAUUUUGCAGAGGGCAAAAGAUGUCUUUUCUCCAUUUUGGACUUUUUGGGAGAGAGUCUGGGAAGGGACUGUGACUCUGUGGAAGAAGCUGAGCCAUGUGGGUUGCAGCCGGAGGGAUCCUGUUGGCUCUCUCAUUGAUCCUGGAGACCAGCUCCAUCCCUGAGAAGGACCUCUCAGGACAGGGUCUUCAGAGAGGAGCAACAGAGUUUGGAGGAUCUGAAAUUCCUGGAGAAGAUGAAGCUAUGGAUGUCUCAGAUGGUCUUCAAGGAGGACUAAAGGUCUCUGAGUUUGGAGGAUCUGAAAUUCUAGAAGAGGUGGAAACCACAGAUCUCUCAGAAGGUCAUCAUAGAGGAGUAAAGCUCUCAGAGUUUGGAGGAUCCACAAUUCCAGGUAAAGAUGAAGCCAUGAAUGUUUUGGAGAGUCUUCACAAAAGACAUAAGGUCUCUACGUUUGGAGGAUCUGAGAUUCCAGGAGAAGAUGAAGCCACAGACAUCUUGGAAGAAGGUCUUUGGAAGGGAGCGACACGCUCCAAGUUUGGAGGAGCUGAGAUUCCAAGACAAGACAAAACUAUCGAUGUCUUGGAAGAGCAUCCCAAAAGACAGAAGGUCUUCAAGUCUGGAGGAUCUGAGAUUCCAGUCGAGGAUGGAGCCACAGCUAUCUCAGAAGAAGGUCUUUGGGAUGGAGUAGAAGUCACCAAGUUUGCAAGAUCUGAGAUGCCAAGAGAAGAUGAAGCUAAGGAUGUUUCGGAAGGUCUUCAGAGACAACCAAAGGCCACUGAGUUCAGAGGAUCUGAAAUCCCAGAAGAAGACAAAGCCAGAGAUGUCUUGGAAGGUCUUCAUGGAGGGGCAAAGGUCUCCAAGUUGGGAGGAUUCAAACUUCCAGGAGACGAUGAAGCCACUGAUGUCUUGGAAGAAGGUCUUCAGAGGGGAGCAAGCCUCUCCAAGUUUGGAGGAUCUGAGAUUUCAAGGGAAGACGAACCUAUAGAUGUCUUGGAUGGUCUUCACAAAAGGCAUAAGGUCUCUAAGAUUGGAGGCCCAGAGGUUCCAAGAGAAGAUGAAGCUACAGUUAUCUUGGAAAGUCUUCAGAGAGGGAUGAAGACCCCUGAGUUCAGAGGGGAAGAUGAAGCCACAGACAGUGUUGGACCUCGCUCAAAGGUCUCUCAACCAGGUCAGACCUUGGCACAUAGAGAGGUCUUGGGGACUUUGGGAGAUGGCUUCCAGCCAUGGUCCCCCGAAGAACCGGUCUGCCGGGUGAAGCUGGACCAAGGCAGCGUCUGGGGCCCCAACCACAUCGAGGUAGUUGGUCUCCUGACUGGAUAUGACAGCGGGUUCCUGAAAGCACUUGGCCGCUCAGCCUGGGGCCCAGAAGAGCAAGAGGCCUUUGGAAUCUGCCCCAUGGAGACUGGAGACCGUGGCCUCCUCUCCUCCCUUCGGCAGGUCGGAGAAAGCCUGGCUGACCCCAGGGAGAGCCGUUUCCUCCUGCUUCACCUAGAAGAAGUGAAAUGGGAAGCCGAGACGAAACUCCGCUUCAAGGUGAUGUUUCAGGAGGAGGUCGGAGAGUCCAUGGGACCUCCGCAACAUGCCCUUUUGGUGUUUUACCGAGGUGGGAGAGACAGCGGAAGCAACCGGGAGACAUUCCUGAUCGGGGGAGAAGGUCUCCACCCAGAACAGGUCAUUUGCCUCUCCAGGGGAACCCGCUUCCUUGUCCUCCAAGGCUCAGAGGUUUUGGGGAGACAUGGCGCCGGCCACCUGAGCCUCGAACUUUCCUUGGAAAUCCGGCGUCAGAGCCAUCCAGAUGUUCCCCUCUCCUCUCGGGAAGCUCAGGACCUCCUCUUCGGCUUCGACCCAAAGUGUUUCACCCGCAUGACUCCGAUGGUGUUGCUCUUGGUGAAGCGGCAACCUGGAUCCACAUCCCUUCCGCCUCUUGAUUCUUCUUUCCUCGCUGCCGGCGACAAGUUGGAUAUAGCUCCUUACCUGGCACCCAGUGCUUUGCCCACCCUCAGAGUACCUGAAGUGCCACCGUCUGGUGCCGCGAACACUUCAGCGCCCUCCGACACUCGCCGCUUCCUGGCUUGCCUCUCCCGCUUUGUUCACCAAAUCCUGAGCCCCACUGUGGAUUCGGGGUCUGCUGUCCGAACCCGCUUGCGCCUAGAUUUUGACACCAUGGAGGCCCUCCCUCACCUGCGCCUCAACCUGUCCGAAGAGGUGGCACUGGAGCGAUUGGUGCGCUCCGAGGACCACUUGGUGGUCCUCUUUCCAGAAGACGGCCGGGCCUUGGCGGAGGACCAGGUGGAGAACUGGCACCUAGAGGGGCCCUUGCUGCAGCAGAUGAUGGACAAGCUGCGUGAGGUGAUCCGGGACCUCAAGCCCAUGCCGGCCUUCCAAGCCAAUGCUGAGCUUUUCCGUACCCUGACAGCUUUCUGCUACCUGCCACAUGGGAUUACAUUGAAGUCAGAUGGCGAAAGGGGUCCAAGAAGCAAAAUUCACAGCCUUUUGCUGCUCAAAGCCCUCCAAGCCAUGCGGGCCCACUGGCGGGAAUCAAGGCGAGCCCACCGCAGCACCCGAGAUAGCAGCGGCCGCCGCAGUGAUGAUUAUUGCCAGCUGCGAGACCUGCAAGUCGACCUGGUGUCCACCGGAUACAUCAUUUUGCCCGAGUCGUACAACGCCAACAACUGCGCAGGGCCCUGCCGCAGCCCGCUCUCCACCCGGGUCUCCGACUAUUACUCCCACACCAUCUUCCUCUUGCGGAUGCAGGAACAAGGCUCGCCACUGGACCGGGCCCCCUGCUGUGUGCCGGUCAAGUAUGCCCAGAGCCAUAUGGUCACCUUCACCAGCGACCAAGGGCUAAUGGUGAAGGUCUACCCGGACAUGGUGGCCAAAGCAUGCGGGUGCCGGUAGAGGGGGGAGUCGUCUGCGAGACUCACAAAACCAGAGUCCCCACGACGGUAGCGCAG